AACAUUUACAUCUGAUCGCUUCCCAUAUGUUCGUGUAUAAUUGAACUGUCAUUAAUUAUGCUACAGCAGCCAUAUAAAUAACGGAAGACACGAUACACCUGUAAAUUACAGGUGAUACUGUCACAAAUAACAAUAUCAGUGUUAAACAGAGGAUUUUAUACAUUUUAUAUCAAAAUAACAAAAGAAAUCAGAAAGACGAGAAGAUGCUGAACGAGAGCAGUCGAGAUCUUACACAAAUUCCGCCGACUCCUCAAAAGAGAACAAAACCAGUGAUGUAUGUCCGUAAUAAUCAUGUGACAACAGUUAUGUUACACGGUGUAUCCAUUGUAUGUCUUACAAUCGAGAACAAAGAAAGAUUGUGUCUUGCACAGAUAUCCAAUACACUGCUUAAAAGUUACAGCUAUAACGAAAUCCAUAACCGUCGUGUAGCUUUAGGAAUUACGUGUGUCCAGUGCACGCCAGUUCAGCUCGAAAUUCUACGACGAGCGGGAGCGAUGCCUAUAUCAUCCAGAAGGUGUGGAAUGAUAACGAAACGUGAAGCUGAAAGACUUGUUAAAUCAUUUUUAGAAGAUAAUUCCCCUCCGAAACUACCUGACAAUUUCAGUUUUGAUGUUUAUCACGAAUGUGGAUGGGGAGGGCGUGGAAAGUUUGAACCAUCUAGAUACAACAGUUCAAGAGCAAAAUGUAUCAAAUGUAUCUAUUGCAACAUGUACUUUUCUCCAAACAAAUUUAUUUUCCAUUUUCAUAAAACUCCCGAAUCCAAAUACAAUCACCCAGACGCCGCUAAUUUCAAUUCAUGGCGCCGCCAUCUUAAACUAGUCGACUUUGACGCAGACGAUGUUGUACAUGCCUGGGAGGAUGUCAAAGCUAUGUUUAAUGGCGGAAGCAGAAAAAGAUUAUUGUCGUCUGCUAUAAGAGGACCGUCACAAAGUCAGACAAAUCACAGUCAAAGCAGCGUUAAAAAACCACGUGUUAAUGUAAGCAGUGGAGAAAACAUUGAUUCAUGUCAAAAUUCGUAUCCGCCCUUCCCUUUCUUAUCCGUCCCCGGAAAAUCUUAUCCAAUAAGUCCGUUUAACCACUCACCUCCAUUUGGUAUUGGAUUGCAUUUGAAUAAAGACAAUUUUGAUGCUAAAACGUCAUCAGGAUUCCAGACAGGAUGGGGACUACCAAGUUUUAUGCCAUCCUAUGGUAUGAUGUGGAAUCAUGGUCUCAUUAAUCCAAACCGUCUCCCAGUUACUAACAAUAAUUGCUAUUCAUUAAAAGUAACGAACAAUGAAGAAACACGACAAGCAUGCGAGAGAGAACACGGCAGUUCUUCAUCACCUGAAAGUAGUCCAUCUUAUUGUGACAAAAACGAAAGAUUUUCCGCUUUCCGACCAGUCGGUCGAAAUGCUACUUGUCGUAGUACUCCAGAUUCUACCAAGACUGAUGAUAAAAUCUCUUGCGAUGAAGAAAAUGAUGAAAUCAACAUUACAGAUGAAAUAGUUGAAACAGAAGGAGAAGAAAAAGAAGAAUCUCUACCAAUCACCAAGGAGACAAAGAAGGGACCGAUAUCUCCUGCUUUUAUUUCCUUUGAUGGCCAGUCAUCUAAUGAACAGGAUAAAGAAAAGAAAGAUUUGAGUGAUAUAUCGACAACUUCAGAAAAAAGAACAGACAAGAUUUCUCAAAACACAGAAGAAAAUAAAACAGAGACGGACUUGCCGAGUGAAAAGAAACAAGACAUUCCAGAACAAGCACUUGAUCUUUGUUGUAAAUCAUCACUUCACCAAAGCGCGGAGAAUGUCGCUCAGCUGUCAAAAGAAGAUUUACAAGAUCAAUUGAAGAAAGAGAUGGAUCUGAGACGUCAAAUAGAGAAAGAGAUUAUGGACAUAAAAGAUGCAUUGUCACAUGAGCUGCUUCAAGAAAGACAUGUUAGACUGACUCUUCAUCAGAAACUCAAAGAGGCACAUGAGGCAUUAAGCAAGUUUUCCAACAGUAUAACGUCAACUAAGUCGGAUUUGAACUAUUGACCUCAAAUUCUGCAUGGUCAAGAUUUUGCGACAACAGGAAACUAUGAGAAGAUAUUAGUGCUACAGACAAUAUUUUUAUGUGUUUAAAUUAAUGUUAGAGAUUGUUGACUGUGAUAAAUGUAGUACUUAAUCCAGUUUGAAA